GAGCUGUCGAUUGCCGAGCGGUAGACGGGGGCUGGCGUUAAAGACGGCCUUUAUUAUUUCACAUAAUAAACUAAAACCGAAAGCUGUCUAGGAAAGGAUUCAUCGAAUAGUUUUCCAACAGAAAUAAUAAGCCUUAAAAGUUGACGAUACAAAUAUAAUAUUUGGUUAUUUUAUCCGCUAUAAUUUUAAUACUGCCGGUUCUCCAUGGUGGUGGGUGUGACAUCGAUGGACCCGCCCAAUAAACCUGCAGCCAAUCAGGUGGCAGAUGUGGUAUUUGUCAUUGAAGGAACUGCAAAUCUCGGCCCUUAUUUUGAAUCUUUGCGGAAACAUUAUAUUCUGCCUGCCAUUGAGUACUUUAAUGGCGGACCUCCCGCUGAAACAGACUUCGGGGGAGAUUACGGGGGAACGCAGUACAGCUUGGUUGUGUUCAACACGGUGGACUGUGCCCCGGAAUCCUACGUCCAGUGCCACGCGCCCACCAGCUCCGCAUUUGAAUUUGUCACGUGGAUCGACAGCAUCCAGUUUAUGGGAGGGGGGGCAGAGAGCUGUAGUCUGAUUGCGGAGGGGCUCUCGGUGGCUCUGCAGCUCUUUGACGACUUCAAGAAAAUGAGAGAGCAGAUAGGGCAGACUCACAAGGUGUGUGUGCUGCUGUGCAACUCCCCUCCGUACCUGCUGCCUGCUGUGGAGAGCGUCAGCUACACCGGCUGUACAGCCGACAGCCUCGUACAGAUCAUCCGAGAUAGAGGCAUCCAUUUCUCGGUGGUGUCGCCGCGGAAACUGCCCGCCCUGCAGUCUCUGUUCGAGCGCGCCCUGCCCGUGGGAGCUUCGGCCGAGUCCGCGCACCCCGAUUACAGCCAGGACCCCCGUCACAUGGUCCUGGUCCGAGGCAUCGCCCUGCCCGUUGCCCCCGGGGGAGGGUCGGGGGCAGUGCCUCUCAAACCGGUUUUACCCCCCCAGCCGAUGGUCGUCGCUCAGCCUCCUCCAGGGACCGCCUCCCAGGCCCCUCCUCCAAUGAGCACAGCUCCUCCGUACCAGCAGCAGCCUCCCUCUCUUACCGCUGCUCAGGUUGCAGCUCAGUUGGCUGUGGAGGCGGCCAACAGCCAGAAAAGGAACUUUCCUGGAAUGGUGAAUCCCGGCCCGCCCUUCAACAGCCAAUCGGUGAAGCUUGCUGUGUCCGGCCCUCCCAGCCUAGCGACGGUCACCACGGUUUCAACCCCUCACAUGCCCCCGCAGCAGCCCCCCCUCCCUCAGCAGCCCCAGCAACAGCAGGGCCCGGCCCCGGGCCAGCCCACAGCCAAUCAGCAGCAGCCGCAGCCCCCACAGCAGCAGCAGCUAGCCAAUCAGCAGACGCCUCCGUCCUCCCAACCCGGAAUGCCCGGCGUGUCCGCGGCACAGCCCAACUCUAACCCAGUCGCGCAGCAGCAGCCGGUGGCCAAUAAGGUGAUGGCGUGGAGCGGGGUGCUCGAGUGGCAGGAGAAGCCCAAGGCUACGUCAGUGGAUUCCAAUAUAAAACUGACACGCUCCCUCCCCUGCCAAGUCUAUGUCAACCAAGGAGAUAAUCUGAACGCUGAGCAGUGGCCACAGAAGCUCAUCAUGCAGCUCAUCCCCCAGCAGCUACUGACCACGCUCGGCCCUCUCUUCAGAAACUCCAGGAUGGUGCAGUUUCACUUCACCAACAAGGACGUGGAGUCCCUAAAGGGUCUCUAUCGCAUCAUGGCAAAUGGCUUUGCCGGCUGCGUGCACUUCCCCCACAGCGCCCCCUGCGAGGUGCGGGUCCUCAUGCUCCUCUACUCCUCCAAGAAGAAGAUCUUCAUGGGCCUGAUCCCCAACGACCAGAGCGGCUUCGUCAACGGCAUCCGGCAGGUCAUCACCAACCACAAGCAGGUCCAGCAGCACCGCACGAUGAGCUCUGCGGGUCCCAUGCAGCAGGGCGUGGUGCCCCCCAACCAGAACUUUCUUAACCGCCCGCAAGGACCCGUCGCCCUCCCCCACGGCAACGUCCAACAGCAGUCUGUGGUGUCGGGCAUGCCCCCUGUCAGUCAGGUCACCAUGAUGGAGGACCAGCAAAGACAGUCUAACCUGCUGAGAGCGGCUGCCACAGCCAAUCAGCAGACGCCGGGCACGGGCGCCCCGCCCAGCCAGGGGGGACAGGGCGGCCAGGCCCCACCUCAGGCUCCCAUGCUCCGCCUCCCAAACCCGGGAGCCAAUCCGCAGCUUCGCAGUCUUCUGCUCAGCCAACAGCAGCCGCAGCAGGGCGUUUCCCACAUGCUUUCCCAUCAGGCACUGGGGCCGCAGAUGGUGCACGCUCCUCAGGGAGGGGGCGCUCCAAUGCAGCCGCAGUGGAGGCAGCCCCAUGCAGGUCAGAUGUUGAUGGUGGGGGCUCAGAGGGGCUCUGUUGCCCCGGGACCGGGCAUGCCACAGGUGUCCAGCGUCAUGGAGGACGAGAUUCUUAUGGACCUUAUCUGAGCCGUUGCCCCGCAAGAGGACUACACUUCCCAUCAGAUGACUACACUUCCCAUCAUGCCCCGAGCCAAAGCGUUUUCUGAGAAUGAACACUGAGGGGAACGGACUCGUUUUCCUCGUACGGCGCCCGCCCGGUUACCGCGAAAGAGCAGACGGUCGCCGCGGAGCCCUGACCCGCGCGCUCGAAGCGAAAGACUCGGGCCGCCGGACACACACGCCGAACAUACACACACACGUUUAUUACACGCCAGGGCGGUUCCACAGCACGGAAGCCCAUUUCACCGGACUUCCCUUCGACCUAUCCGCCGUUUCAUUUUGAAUUCUGAAAGCGAGGCCCGGGCGGCUUGAUUUCUGCGUCGCCGUACGCUCUUUUUUUCCCGCCCUUUCUUCUAUUUUUAAUAAGCUUUUAUCCGAUCAUUUGUUGCGCCUUGUUUGCUUGUUUUCGAGGACGAUGGAUGUUUUUUUCUUCUCGACGAUGAAAUAAAGAUGAGUUUUUUUUUGUUUCCC